CUGAAGCUGAAAGCAGGAUAACAGUGUACACUCUGACCGAGGGAACGCAUCUCCUCUGCGAACGGAAUACAGUCCAACUUCGCUUACGGAUUUGUCGGCAUGACAGGAAGGACUCCGUGUUGAAAAAGGAAACAGGCUUCACACACACGCGCACACACAAUUAUAAAUACACACACAUUCCGCAUCAGCUGCACAUUUUUUUUCCUUCCUCGAGAUUGCAUCCAGUGACCUGUCUUUUGGACACACAGAAAGGAGCCAAUGAGAGGCUUCAGAAGUUCCUGGAUGGCCGUCCUGCUCUUCAGCAGCGUCCUCGUUGCAGAGGCUCGGCCCGGAUUCACUUCUCCGUACUAUCGACCGCUUGUUAGAUUCCGACACAAGCAGGAUGGGAUCCCUCAGAGUUUGCGGAUGAAGGCCUUGCUUGGUCGCAGCAGCAACCUGAACCCAUGUGAGCAUAAGUACUGUGGUCUGGGGAAGCACUGUGUGGUGGACCAUGCGACCAGUCAGGGAACGUGCCAGUGUCUGGAUCACUGCAAGCCGCACUACAAACCUGUAUGUGGAUCUAAUGGGAAACUCUACCAGAACCACUGCGAGCUGCACCGAGACUCAUGCCUGGCCAGUCAAAGAAUCACCAUCGUGCACAGUGAAGAAUGCUUCUACAAAGAUGAUGACUGUCACCUAGUCAGUUACAAGAAACUGAAGAGCAAGAUGUUGAACCUUCAUGCUCUUCGCUUCCUACCACCAGGAGCCGAGGAGAGCUAUGAGAAGGACAUGGAGAUCAGGAAGUAUGUAGUGGACCUGAUGUUCAAGCGUUUCGAUGCCGAUGGGAGCAGACAAGUGGAUAGCAGCGAGCUUUCACAGGUCAUCAAACAAGAAGACUUGAGAAACACAGCAUCGGAGUGCACGCUGUUUGACCUGCUCAAAUACAACGAUAUGGAUGACGACGAGCACCUGACGAGGGAUGAGUUCUACACCGCUUUUGGUGUGUAUGACCUGAGGCUCGAUGAAGAUGAGAAGCUGAUCAUCACCACAAUCAUCGUGGGUCAGAGCGUCGUGCUGACGUGCGCCAUCACUGGAGACAAGCGGCCGCCAAUCAUCUGGAGACGCAACAACCACACGCUUAACACGCUACAGCUGGAGGAUAUCAGUGAUUUCGGCGAUGAUGGAAGUCUGUACAUCACCAAGGUGACCACCACUCACAUGGGCAACUACACCUGCCAUGCUGACGGAUACGAGAUGCUCUUCCAGACACACACCUUGCAGGUGAAUGUUCCUCCUGUGAUCCGGGUGUAUCCGGAGAGUCAGGCUCGUGAACCGGGGGUCACUGCCAGUCUGAGGUGUCACGCAGAGGGGAUUCCUGACCCACAGCUGUCCUGGUUGAAGAACGGCAUGGACAUUUCUACUAAACUAUCCAAACAGCUCACACUGCAAGCUAAUGGAAGUGAAGUGCACAUCAGUAACGUUCACUUCGAGGACACCGGAGCGUACACAUGCAUCGCUCGUAACGACGCCGGGGUGGAUGAAGACAUCUCAUCUUUAUUUGUAGAGGAUUCUGCACGAAAGUCAUUGGCAAACAUUCUAUGGCGAGAGGAAGGUCUGGGGAUUGGGAACAUGUUUUAUGUUUUUUAUGAGGAUGGCAUCAAAGUGAUCCAGCCAGUGGCCUGUGAGAUCCAGAGACACAUCAAACCCAGCGAGAAGCUCCUCAGCCUGCAGGAGGAAGUUUGUCCAAAAAUAGAAGGUGAAAAGGACCAGAAGUGUGUUUGGGCUUCAGCUGUGAACGUGAAAGACAAGUUCAUCUACGCUACCCAGCCGAUGCUGAACAGAGUGCUCAUAGUGGAUAUCCAAACCCAGAAGGCUGUUCAGACCGUGAGCACAGACCGAGUCCCAGUGAAGCUUCAUUACGAUAAAUCACAUGACCAAGUGUGGGUUCUCAGCUGGGGGGAUCUGGAGAAGAACUUCCCGACACUCCAGGUGAUCAAGCAGGCGAGUGGCAUUACAUCCCACCACACCGUUCAUACCCCGCCGGUGGGUCACCGCUUCGACCGGGUUGACGACUUCUUCAUCCCUCCAUCAAGCCUCAUCAUCAACCAUAUCAGAUUUGGAAUGGUCCUCCAUAAGAAGGAGCCAGCAUUGCAUAAGAUAGACCUGGAGACCACUACUUAUGUGAAGAACAUCAGCUUGCAGGAAUAUGACUGCAUUCCAGAGUCCCUGGCAUACACCCACUUAGGGGGUUACUACUUUAUCAACUGCCAUUCAGAUUCAACCGGUGCCAUACGUCCUCAGCUUAUAGUCGACAGCGUAACAGAUAAUGUAAUUGGACCUAAUGGUGAUGUUAGCGGUACCCCUUAUGUCUCACCCGAUGGCCAUUACCUAGUAAGCGUGGACGACCAGAACGGCAUGAUGCGUCUGCAGUCCAUUUCAGUGCGUGGCGAAAUCGGACGACCCUUCGACAUCCACACCAACCUGCACCUCUCGGACCUGGCCUUUAUGCCCUCGUUUACUGAGAUCCACCAGUACAACGUGUUCGGUAGCUCGGGCCAGCAGACGGACGCCUUGUACGUAGAGCUCAGCACUGGCAAUGUCAAAAUGAUCAAGAGCCUGAAGCUGCCCACUCCAUGGAAUCAGUGGCGCUGGAGUCGCAAGAACCGUGUUAUGACCUCGAGCGGCCUCUUCGGACAGUAUCUCAUGACCCCUUCACAGAGUUCACUGUUCAUUCUAGAUGGAUGGCUGGACAAGCUCAACUGCGAAAUCACUGAUGUGCCCAAGGGGAACACUGUGGUGUGGGUUGGGGAGGCCUAGGCUAUCGAAAGAGGUUUUUGUGUCAAAACCAACAAAUCCAAUUGCACUGAAUUUGGUUUGUGUUUAAUUUAUUGAGAGAGUAUCUCAAGUGAUAUGGGAAAAAAAAAUACUGUACCAAAAUUGACUGUUCUUAAACACUGUAUCAGAUAAGGGAACUACAUUCAACAGUAGAGUGGCAUAUGCUUGUUUUUGUAUGCACUGGGUAUGUGAAAUAGCGCACUAUUAGUCAUUCCUUAAUUAGAUCAAAUUAGCCCUAGCAUCUACAGGAAUUGCUUUUCAAGAGGAUUUCAUUUUCAGGCACAAUAAGAGCUAUAAAUAUAUUUACCCAAUUAAUUUAAAUUACAGAAAAAUCAUUUUAAAAAAAAACAGAAAAAAUACAUCUUUGCAAAUAUGACAAGACUUCUCUUUAUACCCCCCUCCAGUCCUGUCCUUAAAACACAAUAACAUGCACAUUUGAUCCCCCAAAAUUUUUCGGUGCCUUGAAAUAAGACUCAUGCGAAUAUAUCCUUCCUAACGAAUCAGACAGUGAAUAACAACCUCUGUGAAUUUUCUGCAUCUGGAGAGUGAAAAAGGCCGCUAUCACAUAAACUCCAUUUCAAACCUUUAAAACCCUCAGCCUUUGUAUCUAAUUAAAAUAGACACUCGCUGCACGACAUCAAACCCGAGACGUCCAUUCCAAAAUCGGCCUGACAGAUUUACAUCUCUAAAUGGAGAUUUUGGACAUCAUAGGGACUCGGUGAAGAAAAUGCGCUUUCGGGAUUUAAGCUAAUUCAUGGGCUAUUUUGGAUUGAAAUAGAGGUGCAAGGAAAUGGAAAAAAAAAAAAAUCCCUUAAUGCUGGUUGGGCUGGCGGAUCAUUUAUUUAUGUUAAUGGCUUAAUUUGCCGAGUUUAGAGACAGACAAAGACAAUAAGAACUGUUUUGCUUUGGUUUUUCCGAACAGUUCUACAGUGUGCGAUUCGGUGUAGUGUGUGAGACGAGCGUCGUAUGUCACAGGUGCAUAUACAGUGAGUGGAGAUUUGACUGAUUUAGCAGAUCCUCAAAACCUCCUUAGUGUAGUGAGUAGGAAGCACAAAGCUCUGUGCACAUGAUGUUUUCUUCUCGAUGGCCAGUCUAUGCAUUUUCACUGACACUCAAACCAGGAGGCUGUGCUUGGCUUGAGCUUUUUGUCACCUUGUUGCGCUUCUUCUGUGUGCGCUUGAGUAAUUUGACUUGUUUUAAGCUUUAUUAUUAUUAUUAUUAUUAUUAUUGGUCGAAUUCAAUUGAAGGGAGUUUUUACACUUGGCCUGGGAACAAAGCCAGUUUUGUGCUUUUUAGUUUUGUUUUUAAGGUGCGUUUUUACUGAAUGAUUACGCAGUUCCAUCUAAGACAUUUGUGCAUGCAGGUUUGCAGUAGGCAAUAGUAGGCACUAGGUUCAUCUGGUCGCUGUUUAGUUUUUAGUUAUUAUUUUUGGUAUCUACAAAUAUUCAGCAAAAACACACUUGCACUUGUUAGCUGCAUGCCAUGUUGUUGCAGGAAUUCCAUUUCCACUACAACCACAACAGCCCUAUCCUGAACCUGAACUUGAAACAGGACAAAAUGAAUCAGGCUGCUCAAAAUGCAGGGUUUAAAGCAGUUAUUUUUUUGUGAUUGAUGCAAACUGCACCACAGAGUGGCAGUGGUAGUUCAGUUUGUUAAGGCUCUGAGUUACUGCCCAGAUGGUUGCCGGUUCAUGCCACAGCUCCACCGGGUUGCCCUAUCUGCUCCGGGACGCUAUAUCAUGGCUGACCCAAUCGCUCUGACCUUAGCUUCCUACUGUACCAACCCGGGAUGUGCGAUAAUCGAAUUUCACUGUGUAGCAACAUAUACGUGACGAAUAACGGCUUAACUUAUUAGUUUCAUGGAAGUGAGAACCCGAAUUAGACCAGAGAUCAAAUUCAAGUGUGAAAACAACCUAAAGAAUAUCAGGCCUCCCUUUUAACCUCAUUUUUUAGUAUUAUUAUUAUUAUUAUUAAAAUUAUGUUUUUUUAUACUGUACUAAACAAAUUCCUCUCUGUGGCUUAGUUAUUCCGUUCUGUACAUAAGAGAAAGGUGUAUGUGCAUAUGUACUGUAGUUUCCUUAAAAUCAUCCUCACACACUUCCGAACUGUCUACUCCUCUUUUUCAAAACGAGACAUCCCUCACUGCAUCGUUCUCCGUUUCACGAAUAAGCGAGUGCAUUUUUCCGAUGUCAUAUCCAGACGUUUCAGCUCCAUGUAGCCAUGUAUAUUGAUUUGUGUGCUUGUUAUUUAUGUAGAUAAACCAUGCUUGACAUUUUACCAACUAAAUAAAGCCUAUAACUUUAAAA